GAGUAAGAAAUAAAGAAAACAAACCAAAGAAACAAAAAAGAAAAAGCAACAGAAAUAAUCUCUCAAUCAAAAAUGACAGUUUUGAAUACAAUGUUAUAACCAAAGUUUAAUCCUUUUAUUUGUUAAACUAAUCAAAGUACCCAUCUUUGUAUCUGUAUAUUUUGUUUAGUAGUAGUAUAAUUAAUUUUUGAAGGAAAAAAAGAUUGAAUUUUUUCUGAGUCAGUCAGUCCCCAAGCUGGCAAUGGGCCAGUUGAAGUGUCAGCUUUUCACAACAUUUUCUCUCUAACCCUCUCCAUUUCUUUUGCUUUUCAGUCUCUGUACUCUCUUCUUGCCUUUAUUUACAGUCACACACACAAAUAAUAAUAUGCCAUGAAUGAAUGAACUGUGAGAAGCUACAGUUAUGGAAAUGGGUUCAGGUUUUGUAACCGAGUCAAGCAACUCCAACACUUCCUCUUCUCCACCUCCUGAGUCACUGACCGGGUUAACAUUUGGGAAAAAGAUCUAUUUUGAGAAUGCUGCAGCCUUUGGGGUGAAGUCUGGGUCUGGCUCUGGGGCUAGGAAGGUUCAUGGUGGGCAGCAGCAGCCGCCUAGGUGUCAAGUUGAAGGGUGCAGAGUGGAUCUGAGUGAUGCUAAGGCUUACUAUUCCAGGCAUAAAGUUUGUGGCAUGCACUCCAAGUCUCCUAAGGUUACUGUUGCUGGUUUGGAACAAAGAUUUUGCCAGCAGUGUAGUAGAUUUCAUCAACUUUCUGAAUUUGACCAAGGCAAACGAAGUUGCCGAAGACGCCUAGCAGGGCAUAACGAGCGAAGGAGGAAACCCUCAUCCGGGUCAGUGUUGUCGUCUCGCUAUGGCAGGCUCUCUUCAACGGUUUUUGAUAAUAGUAGCCGAGCUGGAGGCUUUCUUGUAGACUUCAGUGCUUACUCUAGGCUUUCUGGAAGGAAUGCAUGGUCAACUGAGCGGCUGCACGAGAAUGAAAGCUCAAGCAGAGGAAGGUCUAUAUGUACUCCAUGGCAAACUACCUCUCAGAAUCCUCCGUCGAACCCUUACCAGCCAGGUUCUGCAAUAGGGAAUGCUUAUUCCAGUUCCGGAAUUCCUUCCGGAGAAUGCUUCACAGGGGUCAGCAUUCCCGACUCAACCUGUGCUCUCUCUCUUCUGUCAACUCAACAAUGGGGCUCAAGAAACCAACUACCAGGGCUUGAGGUUAAUGCUCACGGAGCACCCCUGGCUCAAUCAACUCUGCCACACCGCCCAGCAGCACCGGAUCAUUGUCCUAACCCCUCUUGGGGUUUCAAGGGCAGUGAAGCUAGCAGCAGUUAUCACGAUAUGUGCCCGGAUCUGGGUCUUGGUCAAAUUUCACAGCCUCUGAAUAACCAUUUCUCUGGCGAGCUUGAGCUGUCUCAGCAGAAUAGGAGACAGUACAUGGAAGUUGAUCACUCCAGGGCUUAUGGUGCUUCUACUCAGCACAUGCACUGGUCGCUUUAAGCUGCCUGCUUUUUCUAAGUGUUAUGGAAGACUUUCUGGUUGUUAAUUACCUUAAAUAAGUAACUGCUACAUUCUUUUUGGGCAGGUUAUCUUAGACCUGAUCUCUUGUUGAGAUAAACUCAAACUGGUCUGUGUUAUUUAUUUAUCUAUUUAUUUCUGCUCUGCCAGAAAUUUGAACUUGUUUGUCAACUAUCCAUAUUGUUAUUGGAAUUUGCUUUGAGGACA